UUUCUCAGUCUUGUGGAUCUGGCGGACAGAGAUGGUUCUGUCCUCGGCCUUCUGAGGGCGUUCAACCACCCCGGCAUCUCCGACAACGCCGUCUACUACCUCCGUCUGGUGACCUCCGCCUUCCUCCGGAACCGAGCCGAGUUCUACCAGCCGUUCGUGGAGGAGGGGCUUGACAUCGCCGACUUCUGCAUGCAGCAUGUGGAGCCGAUGGGCACCGUGUGUGACCACAUCCAUAUCAUCGCCCUGACCCAGGCCCUCACCAUCCCCCUCCAGGUGGAGUAUGUGGACUCCUCGGACCCCGCCAUAAACCAGCACAUCUUCCCCGAGGGGGCCACGCCAUCCAUCUACAUGCUGUAUACCCAGGACCACUAUACCGUGCUGUACAAAGCUUGUGAGAAGGGGGCGGAGCAUGUGUGA